CCGGUAUAAUAAUUAGGUUCGAUAGAAAGGAUGUCCAAGUAAACAUACCAAGAAUAUCUCUCAAAUACUAGCUAAAAUCAAAACAAUUAUCCAUCAACACCUUGACUGCUCGUGUUGCACCUUUUAUGCUCUUAUUUUAUUUGUUUGGGCUCGCCUGUGGUUGGUUUCAGACGCUGUAAUAUAGCUCAAUUUAUGUCUUUAUGCUGAUGUUCGAUUGUGCUCCGCCUCCUCGAAACUGUCCAGGGUGAGAGGAGCUCUGUGUCACGAGCUGACAGACACAGCUGACCACCCUGAGUGCUAGGCACACGCUCCCAUCGCAUCAAGUCCAAAAGUAUCCUACGCACCAUGGCAUCGGACGAAUUGGCGAGGAAACUGCAGCCCAGGAUGGCCGCAGAGCAGGCUCCCCAAUUCAACCGGUGUGCACCAGAGGAGACCCCGGUGAAACCGAGCGACUCUGUCCCUGAGCCGCAGGAAAAAGCGGUGGUGGUCAUUGUCAAUGAUGCCACAUCGGAACUGACGGCGAAACUCACCCGGAGACUGGACAUCAACGAUGGGAACGCGGCGCGCAAGCAAGCCAAGGUAUUCAACCCCUACACGGAAUUCAAAGAAUUCUCCCGCAAACAGAUCAAAGAGAUGGAGAACAUUUUCAAACGGUUUGACAGUAGGAAGGACGGCUUCAUAGACCUGAUGGAGCUGAAGCUGAUGAUGGAGAAGCUGGGAGCUCCUCAGACCCACCUGGGCCUCAAGAACAUGAUCAGGGAGGUGGAUGAGGACUUCGACAGCAAGCUGAGCUACAGAGAGUUCCUGCUGAUCUUCAGGCGAGCAGCGGCAGGCGAGCUGCAGGAGGAGAGCGGUCUGGUGGCUCUGGCCAGACUGUCUGAGAUAGACGUCUCCACAGAGGGAGUCAUGGGGGCACGGGACUUCUUCGAGGCUAAGGUGCAAGCUCUAAAGGUGGGCAGUAAGUUUGAGGCUGAGAUCCGAGAGGAGCAGGAGGAAAUGAAGAGGCAGGCGCAUGAUAGGAAACAGAGACGGGCUGCCUUCAAAGAGCUGCAAUCUGCCUUCUGCUCAUAAUACAGUGCACACACACUGAAAACACACACACACACACACACACACACACACACACACACACACACACACACACACACACACACACACACACACACACACACA